AUGAAUAGCUGUAUGUUUUCUAGUCAAUUGAUGAAUCCUAAUAUAAUCAAUUCUACAAAUGGCGCUCCAACAACCAACAAUCAAAGCGGAUUGUCUAGAAUCUAUACAGCUAAUAACUUGGACAUGAAUAGCGAGUCAUAUUUAAGCUCAUCAAUCCCGACCUCGUUCACUACAAUAGCUCCAACAUCAACAGCCACAGCUUCAUAUACUGCUACAAAUACUAUUUCAAAUACUGUUACAAAUACUGUUACAAAUACUGCUACAAAUACUGCUACAAAUACUGCUACAAAUACUAAUUUACCUGAUACUUUCCAUUUGAAUGAUGAGAUAUUUUUCAAAAACAGUUACUAUUUCCACACGCCACCGACCAAUAAUGACUCUGUUGGCACCCCAGUGGGUCAAAGCCAGUUGUCACACUUUCAAUCUUCGCUUUUGCAACAGCACCAACAACAUCAACAGUAUAUAGACGAUAUGACUCUAUAUGGUGGAAAUUGUAACGACAACAACAACGAAAACGACAAGUAUAAUAAUGAUACAGACAAGGAUUUGUUAAGCAAUUUGUCCUCCAAGUCAUUGAAUAAUUAUUUUGCAACUCCAAAUAGUUCUAUUAGCUCAGCAUCAUCGUCAAGCUCAUCAAGUUCGUCCCGAGCAUUCAAUAUUAAUGCCCCUACAAUUACUGGUCCUGGUUCAACUGCCACAAGUAAGUCAAUUGGUCCUACUACUCCAGUUUUUACUCAACAGUCUCUGUUUGCAAAACAUAUGAGUCGUAAUUCAGCCACUAUACCAAUAGAUCAAUUAACGCUGUUGACUCUAAGAACACCAAGCACAACCAAUAUUUCUGGCUCACUUGGAGCAGUAAACCAAAUACAAAGUCAACAAUUGCAGAGCUUGCAGCAACCUAUUUUUGAACAAAAUAGUGCAUCGAGAGGAUUUGUGAGAAAACCUCAAAAAGUAGAGCAGCAACAGGUAUCCCCCAUAUCUAUUGACGAAACAUUGGGAUUAAUUAACUUGGAUACUAGUAGUGUAGCCGCGGCAUCGGCUGCUGCUGCUGCUGCGUCGGCGGUGACGGCGUCGCAGGUGGCCAAAUCGGAUAAGCUGGACUCACCGGUAUUCUUUUCACAAGAAGGUACAAUAAACCCACGCCAAUUAAUCAAUACCAAGUUGCCCAUGUCACUUAGCUCUCCAAGUUUAUCUGUUGUGUUUGGGAUUAAGUCACCACUUCAACAACCCCCUCCAUUUUUGCUGCUGCUGCUACUGCUGCUGCUGCUGCUGCUGCAACAAGUACAAGAGCAACUGCAAUUGCAACAACAACAACAACAACAACAUCUGCAACAAGUGCCUCAUCAGCAGCAUGAGCACCAAAACCAAGCACUGCUGCUGUCUCAACACUUUCAUAAACAACAGGGAACAACACAAUUUAUACCGACUCACACGAGAAGUUUAUCCACCCCACAAUUUGACUUUAAAACGAGUGAUGAGUUUUCAAAUACAUUAAGCUCUUGGUUUGGCAGUAACGAUUUAUCAAUUGGUGCAGAAAAUAAUGCUACAAACAGCGCAUCGACUGACGAAAAUCAAAACAUAAAUACUACUUUACUAAAACCAGGAGGAGGAGUAUCGUCAACCAGUAAAGGUGUCAAUAAGCCUUUAAGGGCCCGCUCUCACUCAUACAUUAAUGGCUUGCAUAGUGGCAGAAAUAGCACUAGAAGAAAUUCUGUUCAUUUGUUAGGGAGUGGUCAAUCAUAUGCUGGUGGCCCAACGAGUACAGCACAAGUUACAGGCAUAUCUUCGUCAUCAUCUUCAACUCUUCAACAACAAGACUUAGUGCAUCAGGGCUUAAACUCUUUGCAAAGCUCACCAAUUGCCUUUUCCACUGCACAAUUUGAGAAUAUUAAAGAAAUUGAAGAGUCAGUACUUAGCAAUAAUGGAGACACAACACAACAAAAGAAAAAGAGAAGAAAAAGUUCAAUUGUUCACCAUAACCCUGCACAUGUUCACCAACAGCUUGAACAAGAUUUGAAUAAUCAACCGGUAUCCUCAUUAUUAUUGAACUCUCCGUUAUUAUCUCCAACAACAAGUAAUAGCAAUGAGUCAGUUCAUGAUGCAUCCACUACUGCAACGUCAUCGACAAUGAAGAAGAUGGUUACUAUUUCCAAUGAAGAAUUAUCGACUACAUCCUCGUCUUCGGCGCUUGUUGAUGGAAGUUUUGACCCGCUAAGCAACACUACUGUUGUUGUUCAAAACAGUCAAGGUUGCUUUCCUUGUACCAAUUGUGAGAAACAGUUCAAGAGAUCAGAGCAUUUGAAAAGACAUGUAAGAUCAGUUCAUUCUAAUAUUCGGCCCUUCCAUUGUAAAUAUUGUGAAAAGAAAUUUUCAAGGCUGGAUAAUUUGGCCCAGCACUUGAAGACCCAUUACAAAGUGGACUCCAAAGGAAACACUAACAUUGUUUAUGGAAAUGUCACUCAUCAUGGAAAGAAAGAGAAAAAUAAGAAAGCAAAUAAGAAAUAG